ACAUUUCAAAUGUUCAGUUUGUGAGCAGAAGUUAAACGAUAUAGACGACGAACAAAAUCAUAUCGACGGUGCGAAUAGCAAGAGAAACAAAUUGUCUAAAGUCGGACGACAAUUCAUUUAUUUGUGAACGGCACGCGAGUUAUGUAAGAAACGCUAUUUAGGCCGAAACAUUAAAAAUAAAAUGUACACAAUUUCAUGAAACACGGAAAUGGCCUUACAAGCAAAUAAUAGAAAUUUAUUAAUGCGCAAUGAACGCACUAUGCCAGCAUGGGUGACAGAACAAAGUGAUCGUGUGGGUCCCAAACCACCACCGCCUCCUCUAAAUUCAGAAAAUGGUCAUAUUAACACAGCACCAGUUAAACAACCAGCAUUGCCGCCAAAAACUUCUGCUCAACCUGAACCGGAUUAUGAAGUUAUUGAAUUUUCAAAUCAACAACAAUAUUCGAAUACCCCAAUGAGGCCAUCAUCGGCUAGUUCUGGUUCGAAGACACCAGAUACCAAAUUGAAAUGUACCCUUUGCGGUUCAUCAAAUCCCUGGGUCAUGUGCGAAGAAUGCUCGAAACAAAUAUUCUGUGCAUCCUGCGAUGACAUGUUCCAUAAGCAUCCAAAACGUAAAAAUCAUCUGAGGAAGACAUUGGAACAAAGCAACCCACCGCUACCACCCAAACUUCUACCCGGACAACCUGGACCCACACCGCCAGUAGCCCCACCAAGACGUAACAAACGUGGCCUAAUGACACCAUUAAUGCAACGCAAGGAUCAGGUACGCUACUGCACGAUUUUCGCAAAUUCCAACCCGAUUCCGGCGGUACCGCCUUCACCCACACCCUCCAUGAAAAAUGCCUCCUGGCACGAACGGGUCGGCUCUCUGAAACGUGGCUUGAGCAUUCUGAAUCGUCCACUGCCGGAAACACCAAAAACACCCACCACUCCCAGUGAAUCGUCACGCUGUACUACGCCUAAAUCGGUAUUUGACAAUAUACAACGACCGCCCUCGGUCGUCUUGGAGAAGAUAAAGAACAAAGCAAAUGCCACACUAGAUCGCAUGCAGAUGUUGCAGCAACGCUACCGUCAACAGAAAGAGCAGAUGGAAAGAGAUCGCAAUGGUUAUAGCAGCGAGCAACAGAAUCACAAUGCGUUUGAUCAGUGGUCUAGCAUUUCACCAUCGCCAUCACAUUUUCGUUCUGGCAGCAUGUCAUCUGGUAUCAACUCAUCUCAUCUUGAUCUAACGGACGAUUCAAGUUUCAAUUUGUUCCACCAGCGCCAAUUGGCCCUGCAUCAUCACAAGCUGGCUGCCCAGAGGGCAAAUCAAUUGGGUCAACGUGGCAUGUCCUCGUCAGUGUUCAAUUUGAAUCAGUCGCCGCGUAAGGCACCGGUUAUGAAUAAUGGCUGGCCCAAUAAUCCAAUGCAACAGGCCCAAUCCAUGGCUCAAUUGAACUGUGCCAACUGCAGUCACUCCCAACAAGGUAAUUGGGGCCACACACAUCCCAUGGCCAUGCACAAUGACCCUUGGAGCAAUCAACUUAGUUCUCAGCAACAUUUAAAUCGCUCAAAUCUGUCAUUGAAUGUUUCGGCCGGUUAUAUGAUGCCGCCACAGCACAGUGGCAUGUAUCCACCACCAGUUUUUAUGAAUCAGAGGGGCAUGGUGGGUCAGAUGUUUGCCCAGCCCUAUAUGCAGGGAAUGCCGGUUAUGAAUCCAGGUUUGGUUGGCAUGCCUCCCUCUGCCUCUAGGGCUGCAUCACGAGCUGGCUCUCGUAUGGCCUCUCCAGCCUUAAGCCGUAAAUCGGUCACUUUGCGGCGAAAACAACGUGCAAGUUAUCACAACGACGAAGCCACCGAUGAUGAAGAUUCCGAUGAAGAUGAUCGUCGUUCUAUGGUUUCGAAUCGUUCGACUAUGUCCAGGACAAGACAACGACGUAUGUCCAGUGCAUCACAAAUCCAGUUGGAAGACGAUUUGGAUUCUGGUCAGCAAAGGUCACGGGUACGCAGUCAACGCAGAGAUUCUGUGGCGAAGUCCGUGCACAAUGAUUGGGCACCGGGUAGAAAAAUAUCCACCAGCAACAAUCGUUCCGGUGACUCAGGAUUCAAUAGUCCAAGACAAAAACCAGCACCAAAUCGAAUAUAUUCGGAUUUAGAUUCAGAGGGUUCGGGUACACGAGCCUUGGUUCAAGCUAAAAUUGAACAGAAACUCAAAGAAGAAUCCCUAAAACAGCAAAAACAAACAAAAUCGAAACGUCGAAGUGAAUCACCUCCCAAACCGAAACAAUCGAUGGCCGUUCAAACGCCUGUGGGUCAUGCCAAGAAAAAAGAAGAAAAACUGCCGGAGAAAACGGUUACAGAAAGUGAAUCGGAAGAAGUAGAAGAAGAGGAGGAGGAAGAAGAAGUGGAAGAGGAAGUUGAAGAGCAACAAGAACCCGUGGUGGAAAAUGUAGAAGAAACAAAUACCGAAAAUGUCCAUGAAAAUGGUGAGGUAAAUGGAACUGAACCAGAACCACCUUUGUUGGAUGACGAUGCUGUGUCAUUGGGACCACCACCCUCUACUCCAGACCAAGAAUGGGAAUGUGAAUUUUGUACAUUCGUCAAUGAGCCAAAUAUUAAAAUUUGCACCAUUUGUUGUAAAACCCCGAGCAAGCCACCCAAAUUGGUAACCAAAUCCGUAUCACCACCUAAACAAGUUCAGUCGGUUAAAACAACAAAGGAGCAAAAAAGCGAAUCUGUGGAAGAUAUAUGGGCGGCAUUGGAUGAAAAUAUACAGGCCACAGCCAAUGAAGUGUCACGCAAAGCUGAAACCGCCUCAUCUGCGCCAUCAGCAAAGAAAACCUCCACCAAGGUAUCGACGGCUUGUGGCCCGUCCAGGCGUAGCAAAUCGGCCAGCGUUGAAAGUCAAGUAGAGGAGUCACGCAAAUCUCAGGCCAGAGAAAUUGGCACUUCGCCACCACCUCAAACCAUUUCGACCCAAACUUAUGAAACUUUGCCCUUACGAAAAAUGGCUGAUAAGGAAGAAACUCCUCCUGCAAAACCUUUGAUGACCAAUGGUAUUCAUGAUGCAAUACAGACAAACAAUUUCCCCAAUACAACCAAAAUUCAUGAUUUGAAAUCAUUUGAGAACGAAGUUCUGCACAAUAUACACAACAUCUCCCACAUUGCCUCCACACCGUAUCAGCAUUUUCAAAAUAAUCAAAAUCCACAAUCCUAUUAUCCCAAUCAUGAGCGUUAUCAACGGUAUCGCAGUAACAAUGAUUUACGUAUGGAUGAUGCUAUGUCCAUGGACUUUGAGGCAUAUCAUGGAGGUGGCAUGGGAAGGCGACAUCCCUCCAUCAGCGAACUGCAGCUAUUGCAAAGAGCAUCAUCACAAAUGCAUUCUCCCCUCACCGGCAGUAGUUAUGAUUUGUCAUCAUCAUCGUUUCGUCACAGCGGCAUGGAUCAUCAUAAAGAAUCCGAUUUAUUAAAAUACACCACCGAGGAAUUAAAUGCUGCCCUGAAAUACUGUGGACCCGAUAUGCAUCCCCUGGUUUGGCUGCGAGACAAUUGGCCCAAACUAAUACAAACCGUACAGAGUUUGGCAACCAAAUAUGGCCAAGAACGUGCCGAAAACACCAUUGGUACCAUUUCCCAAAUGGAAGCCCGUGAAGCCUUACGCCUGCAUACCGGUAACAUUUGGCAAGCUGUUUCCGAAUGUAUCGAACAACGUCAGCGCAAAUAUCGUGAAAUAUCCAGCAAGGGAAAUUUCUCGCGUGAAGAUGUGGUCACAGCUCUGACCACCCAUCAGGGCAAUGUGGAAAUGGCUUUAAUGGAUUUGGGCCGCACUCAACUAAAGCCAUUUCUAAUGCGCAUCUGGGGUUCACCAGGUGGCGUUGAAAACGAAAGUGGUGCCAUGAUCAUUCCGCCCUCGCACCACAACAACAACGAAUCAUCAGCGUAUGGCAUGGACAAAGACAUUCAUAACUUUCUCAGUGCCAAUGCUUCCGAUUGCAUGCAAAUACCCAAUGCGAAUGGAGCUUUUCCAUCACCCAAUACCAAUACCGCCAACACCAGCCAAGCACCACCCUCCCCAUUCGAUCUACCCGAAUCAAUAAUGAAUGCCUAUGAACCACACCAUAAUCUGCCCGAUAACACUUCCACAUACAGCAGCAAUGCCAGUAUGAAAGACUAUGCCGCCAGCCCCCUACCACCUCCACCGCCGCCCAUCGAUGAUGCCAUUCUCAAUAACAAAAGUAUGCUAAAAGAUUUGGAAUCACUAAUCGGCAGCAUGGAACAGAAUCAACAAAAGCAAAACGAACAAGUGCUCAGAUCCAUCAAAGACAUGAUUGACAAUAUGAAACAGAACCGAUCGGACGUGGCGGACUUUGAAGAUCCCGAGGACAUGCGCAUACUAACCAAAAGUCCCAUUAACACAUCCAAAUUUAAGCAGCAGCAGAAAUCCUCUCCCGAGAAGAAUGGCAUGGAAAAUGAGGCAGACGUCAAGAAUUUUGUAUGGCAGCAUAUCCAGGAGAUUGUUCCGAAUUUGGUACAACAGGUCGAAAUGGAAUUAAUGGAAGAUACAGAGGUCACAACAAAAUUGGAAAUACCAAACGAAUCUCAAGGAGCAGAAGAAGUUGUGGAUGACAUUGAAGCCACACCACUUCCACCACCGCCACCACCAAUAGAUCAAGAUGAAUUCCUAAUGGAGGAGGUAAUAAAACCGAAUCUGAGAAAUGCUUCGAUUCGGGAGGAACUACCACCAGAGUAUGUGUACACCGCCGAGAUAGCUACUUUCCAGAUGGCCUUUGACAAGGCAUUGCAAAGGGAACAUCAACAACAAUUUAAAUUUGAUUCUAUGGCGGAUGCUUCUAGAGAGGUUUAUAAAAUGUACCGGGCACCAGAAGCUCCACCGGCCAUUGAGGAAGAAACUCGACCGGAAAGUGUGGUGAAAAAUAUCCCAGUAACUAUUCAUGAAUUGGCAAGUGAGUCUGCAGAAUCAUCACUUCCAACAACAAUUGAGGAUUUGCCAUUACCGCCAUUGGUGGAAAGGGUGGUAAAGACACCUGAAGUUCCAGUAGAGGAGGUAAAAGUUGAAGAAUCCGAAAAAGCUAUGCCGAGUUAUAUUCCAGUAAUGGAGUCUUUGAGUACUCCCGCAGCAACAACAGCAUCAGAAGUUGUAGAGCCCUUGCCUACAACUUCGACAGUUAUAGGAACUGAAGUUCUAGAAGAGAAGUCGAAUAGUGAAGUACCAUUAGAAUCAGCUACUGAAAACAUUGAACUUCCCGCAAUGCCAACAUCGAGGGAACACCAAGACCAUUCAACCGCCCAGUUGUACACUCCAACCGAAGUUCUAAAAGAAAAAAUUGAAAAUGCAAAAACUGAAAAUAAUGAGCAAGCCGAUCAAACAUCAAGUGCCUCUAAUGAAGUUUCAGAACCCAGAAUAAGUCCAGUAGAAGAGACUGAAACUUCAUCAGCAUCCCUUCUCUCUGUACCGGCUCAAGAGUCUACUCAAAAUUUGAAUGAGGAAAUUUCAGCCGAGGGAACCAUAGAAUCCAUUACUCAAGCUGAUAAUGAAACAUCAAAGGGCACCUCUGGUGACAUUCAAGAAGAAUCUGUGGAAUUGGAAAUCGAUGAAGCCGAGGAAAGUCAUAUGACUAUCGAAAAUAACAUCUCGGUUUCCGUAACACCGAAUGAUGACACUUUAAGUUAUAAAUCAACAAGAAGCUCUAUGGAGCCAGCAGAAACAAUUGUAGCUGUUGAUGAAGUCUUACCAUCGUCAUACACAAUAACACCCUCGUUAAAUAGGGAGACAACACAACCUUCAAACGCCAGUGAAGCAAUUACUGAAUCAAAUUCCUCCAGUAACGUAAUUGAGGCCCAAUUACAGGGUACUGACCAAUCCUUAACUAAAAAUACGAUGGAAAUCACUCCUAGUGGAUCCCAGUCAACAGAAUCUUCUCCAAGUAUUACAGUCCAAAAUCAAACCGAUAAUGAAGUUUCCGUCAUGGAGUCCACGGAGAAACCCAUUGAAUCUGAGGCAACAGCUGCACCACAAAGUCAAAGUUCUGGAACUGAAAUGAGGCAACAAGCUUCAGAUCGAAAUGAAACCACAGUUUCCACCUCGGAGAUCACUGGUCAAACCGUGGAAUCUGAAACAAAUAUGACAUCGCAAAGUCCAAACUCUACCACUGAAGAAAUACCUCCUGUGGUCGAAACCCCAACCGAGACUGCGGUUUCUAACAUCACAGAAUCUGCAACAAACAUGGCAUCCCAAAAUCAAGGCUCGGAAUCGGAAAUAAAACAACCGGCCGUAGCUAAAAAUGCUAGAAGAGUAUCCAAAAUUCCGGUGCGUAGAACUGCAAGUAAUGCCAGUCUAAUUUUAACACCAACAACAACAACUUCAAAAACUUCAUCCCAAAAUGCACAACCCGAAAAAGAGACUCCAAGGCCAACUUCUGCUUUACCUAAAGAUGAAACUCCACAACAAGAAUCUCCAAGUAAUGACAUCCUCAACGAUGCUGAUGCCAAUGAUGCUGAAGAAGAUUCCGAAGAUGAACUUUAUAGUCUGGCAAGUGAUUCAUCUCUAAACGAUAUAGACUCCCGAACAUAUGUCCAAUCACCCACCGAUACGGAAUCACGUUUCGAUGAUGUGCAAUCUCCCACCAGUACCAAUGAAAUGUUUCUCAUGAUCCAACAUGACAAUGGUGAGACAUCAAUGGAAGAGAGUACGGUGGUACCAUCUACCAGCAGCUCUACAGUACAUUCGGCAAUUAGCUUUUCGUCGGGUCUCAAAUCACCACCCAGUGAAUUUAUACCCUCCGGAGAUCCCAGUAAGCAAAAUCUCUCCGAAUUGGUAAAGGAUACCCAGAGGCUAAUCAAACAAAUGAGAGAGGAAAUCAAUAUGGAUGACUUUGAAUCUUCCACGGAUGAGGAUGAUUAUACCGAUGAGUACAGUGAUGACUAUGAUGAUGAUGGCGAAGAAGAGGAAGAAAUCGAAGAGGAAUAUGAGGAGGAAGAGGAGGAACUUGAGGAUUUGGAUGAAGAAGACGACGACGAAGAUGCUGAAGAUGAAGAGGGCCAAUGGGAAGAUCAACCCGAAGAAUUUAAUGAAAUAAUUGGUGAUGCAACUGUGGAUGCUGCCGAAGAGGAGGAUGAGAAUGUGCAGGACAUAGCAAGUAAUAUAAAUAAUACAUCUGAACAAAUUCACAAUGAGCCAGAGCAUAUCCAUGACAAUGCAUCACAGUCACCCGAACAUAAUUUGUCAUCCUCACCAUCAGCAUCACCCACAUCUGAGCACUUAAUUCUUCAAACUUCAAGCGAUUCUAAUCAAACUCAAUCUUCAAAUAUUUCCAUUUCUAAUAAUGAAACUAUGGCUUAUUUGGAAACGGAAAAUCAAAUACCCGAAAUUCCAGUUGAGGCUGUUCUCACAAAUAGACGCACAGAGGAAAGUGCCACAAUGGAGGAGGCCACUGAGGACAACUCAACAUCAGCUGGUGGUAUAACCAUUGAAACUGAAUCCAUGCCUCUGACAAUUAACAACGUUUUGGAAAGCGAAAAUUCAUUACCUGAAAUGGCAACGGAAAUUGUGCUGGCUCCAGUUACAGAAAUGUUGCCACCACAAAUAGAAAACUAUAUACCCGAAUUACCGGCCGAAAUAGUUUUGUCUACAGAAAACACCACAUCCUCCAAGGAAGCUAUUAACACAACUACUACUAAUGAUUCAUCUUUGUCACAAGUCACCACUUCAUCCCCAUCUCCUUCAUUGAGUAAAGAUCAUGAAUUACCAUCUACAUCUGGUACUACGGCAACUGCAAGAGAGACACCCGCCAAGGGCAAAGAAUCGAAGUUGACAAAAUUAAAAUCUAUAGAGGAUGAUGACGAUAGUAGACCAUCAACCAGCAAACAAACUGCCAAACCGAAAACCACAACAACAACAAACAAAAAGAAAGAGGAUGCGAAAACGACCACCAAGAAACAGGCAACUGCUAGUAAAAUACCCAAACCCAACAAUAGCCAAAGGGAUCAGAAGCCCAAAACAAACAAUGAACCCGUUAAAGAAACAAAUACCAAAUCAAAGGAUCCUCCAAAGACCACAACUGGCAACUUAAGAAGUAAAACCGAACCAAAAAUGAUUUUACCCACACGCUCAAAAUCAUUUUCGGGACCACCAACACCCAUAGUCUUGACAUCGGUGAAGACAAUAACGCAACGCUUCCAAACACAACAAAAAUCCAACAAUAAUAAACCCCAAUUAAAAGGGCCCACCACAAUUGCAAGAAAACCUUCGAUUACCGAAGCCAUUAAUCGGCUGACAAGACCGAACUCCGGUAUCACCAGCAGCAGCACCACCACCACAGAAUUGCCCAGUACGAGUUCUUUGUUCAAAACUCGAACAACACCUCGUAUACCGAAAAAGAAAUAUCAUGAAACCUGUUUUUCCGAUGAUGAUUAUGAGAGUACAUCAACCGAGGAAGAACCCGAACCGAUUGAGAUAAGGCAGCGUAAAAUGAGUGUACCGGUAUUUAGGGCAUAUCCAAGUGUUCAGGAACCUGAAGAUGUCAAUACAGAGGAACUGGUGGAUAAAUUCAUGAAAGAAGAACUGGUGAAUACCAUAGCAGAGGCCCAAAUUGCAGCUGCUCUAGUAAGCAUGAAAUUCCAGAAGGAUGUCUCAAUAUGGGCCGCCAAAGAAUGCAGUGAUUUGGAACAUGCCAUAGCAUUGCUCAAACAAGACUGUGAACUAUGCAGCGGAACGUAUGCGCUCAACGAAAUCGUAUCGAUGCUCAAGUGUACCCACAAAUGCUGCAAACAAUGCGCCAAAACUUAUUUCACCGUACAGAUAACCGAACGCAGUAUUAACGAUUGUAAUUGUCCAUUCUGCAAAUUACCCGAAUUGCACAAUCAAAGCGAACACGAAGAUGAUAAUUUGGAAUAUUUCUCCAAUUUGGAUAUCUUCUUGAAAAAUAUUGUCGAACCUGAGGUGCAUGAACUAUUCCAGCGUAAACUGAGAGAUCGUACUCUGCUCAAAGAUCCCAAUUUUAAAUGGUGUGUUCAGUGUUCGUCGGGUUUCUUUGCAAGACCCAAACAAAAGAGAUUAAUUUGUCCCGAUUGCGGUUCGGUGACAUGUGCUUCGUGCAGGAAAACAUGGCAAAAACAACACGAAGGCAUUUCCUGUGAAAAAUUCUUAGAAUGGGAACUGGCCAAUGAUCCCGCCGUCCAAGCCUUGGGUGUCAAGGAGCAUUUAGAUCAGAAUGGUAUUGAUUGUCCAAAGUGUAAAUUUAGAUAUUCUCUUGCCCGAGGAGGUUGCAUGCAUUUCACCUGCACCCAAUGCAAAUAUGAAUUUUGCUAUGGCUGUGCCAAACCAUUUAUGAUGGGUGCCAAAUGUAACAUUUCACCGUAUUGCGCCAAGCUUGGCCUUCACGCCCAUCAUCCCCGCAAUUGUCUCUUCUAUUUAAGAGAUAAAUUACCCGUACAGCUACAAAUUCUAUUGAAAAAUAAUGGUGUGGACUUUGAGGUGGAUCCCAUCGAAACAAAUGAUGAUAGCAUCCCGGGUUCAUCACAAAAACAACCACUCCUCUGUCCCAUUCCCAUACAAAAAGAGACACCAAAUGGUUUGGUGGAUACCAAAUGUAAUAGUGAUGUGCCCGAUAAACAUGCUGGAAUGUGUCGGUAA